AUGAUUGUGGCGGUGCACUACGACGCCAGGAAGACGGGAACAAGCACCCGGGGCGCAUUUUCAGUGCGGUUCGGCCCUGACGUUGAAUGGCUGCCGAAGCCGACGACCCAGCCACACCAGCACCGGCGGCACCUUGGGGUUUCCAGGGAGGCUUUCGAAGAGGACGGAUUCGACUACGGGGUGGACCCAAGCCGCUCGGUGGAUUUCUGCAACGCCAUCCGCAGGUACUGGCCCGGGGUCGAGGAGAGCAAGCUCGUGCCGGACUACAGCGGGAUACGGCCGAAGCUUGUCGGGCCCGAUGGUCCCUCGGUUGUCGCCCACCACGACAACGACAACGACGACGACGACGCCGGUCAUCACCGAGCUCUCGGAGAAGAAGAACCGGAUGAAGAACAUCGCCAGUAUCCUCCUGUUCCCCGGCCCGGGGCCAGCCACUUCAGAGGGGCGGCGGACUUCGUGAUUCAGGGCAGGGACGAGCACGGGGUGGACGGCCUGGUGAACCUGAUGGGGAUAGAGUCUCCCGGGCUGACGGCCUCCCUCGCGAUAGCGGACCAUGUCGUGGGCAUGUUGGAGGGGCGGCGGCGGCGGCGGCAGCAACAGCAUUGA